AUGGGUGGUACGCGCAAAUCUUCACGAUCCAAAAUCGCUCAUCGUCGAAUGGUGAAGUCUUCCAGACUACCAUCUCGCUCCCACCCUAUGAUCCUCCGUAGAGCUUCUGCUCAAUCAAGGUCUGUGUCAGCGUACACCGCAACCACCACCUCCCAUGCCACUCCCACGUCGGACCCCGCACCAAUCACAAUCGACGCGUCCCUCACGUCAGACCCCGCACCAGCUACCUUCCCCGAAGCUGCCCCUAUGCCAGACGUCUCCAGUGCUUUUCUUCCGACAAAUCGACCCGACCUCGUAUUCGCGAAAGAGGCCGAAGAUUACAUGAAACGCUCGAUGGAAAUACUACAGACACAAACCGAAACUCUCAUCCUCUUCAACCAAAAUCUGGUGUCCUUAAAUGAAGACAAAGAGCUUGGGACCCGUAUGUACGUAGUCUUCUUUGUGGUCACUUCUUCUGUUCCCAGUGUCUUAGCCAAUAUAAGGCUACGCAUGUUCAGAAACGAUCCGAGAAUCCGGAUGGAACCGAGGUCAUCAUUCGCUGCCCAACCUGCCAUGCCCUCGUUCUUCGUAGGCCUCAAUUCUCUCAUACUAUUCGGCGAGGUGUCGAAGACAUCGCAAACCAUUUUCAACGAGUCGUUCCUGCGUCGCGACAACUUGAGUGGCCUUACUAACUCAGAAUCGAGCUGA